AUGUCGUCUGUACAUGGUUUGCCCCCUGGUACACUUGAGAAGAAAGAAGUAGCCAUUGAAGUGGAGCGAGAAGAAGAUGAAGGUGGCAUGGCGGGAGAAACAUUUAUGGACUAUCGCCCUCUCAAACUAGCUAUUGGUCCUCCCCAUCCAGAUUCUAUUGUGGAGACAUCUUCCUUAUCUGCAGUGCAGCCACCUGAACCCACUUAUGAUCUUAAGAUCAAAGAUGACCUGGAAAGUUCAAAAGCUUUGUCAUGCUUGCAGAUUGAGACAUUGGUUUAUUCUUGUCAGAGACAUCUCCAGCACCUUCCAAAUGGUGCCAGGGCAGGAUUUUUUAUCGGAGAUGGAGCUGGUGUGGGCAAAGGACGAACAAUUGCAGGAUUAAUCUGGGAGAACUGGCAUCAAGGGAGGAGGAAAGCAUUGUGGAUUUCUGUUGGUUCAGACUUGAAAUUUGAUGCAAGAAGAGACUUGGAUGAUAUCGGUGCAAUUAGUAUAGAAGUCUACAUAAGCACGGUGUUCUGGUUACAUCUACCUUCUCUUUCCUUUCAUGUUUUGGUGUGGGCUCUGGUUGUGUGGGCUACACUUGCUGGUUCUUUGAAUCAUGAAGUGCAUGCUUUGAACAAGCUGCCUUAUUCUAAGCUCGAUUCAAAGUCUGUUGGCGUGAGGGAGGGAGUUGUUUUCUUAACAUACAGCAGCCUCAUAGCAUCUUCUGAGAAAGGUCGGUCUCGUUUGCAGCAGCUUGUGCAGUGGUGUGGACCAGAAUAUGAUGGUCUUCUCAUAUUUGACGAGUGUCAUAAAGCAAAAAAUUUGAUCCCUGAAGCAGGAGGGCAACCAACACGUACAGGCGAAGCAGUUCUUGAGAUUCAGGCCCGGCUUCCUGAGGCUCGUGUUAUUUAUUGCUCCGCAACUGGUGCAUCGGAACCACGUAAUAUGGGUUAUAUGGUUCGUCUUGGUCUUUGGGGAGCUGGAACAUGUUUCCUUAAUUUCCGUGAUUUUCUAGGUGCUCUAGAGAAAGGAGGUGUUGGAGCACUAGAGCUUGUUGCCAUGGACAUGAAAGCCAGAGGGAUGUACGUAUGUCGUACACUGAGCUACGAAGGGGUAGAGUUUGAGGUUGUUGAAGUACCGCUAGAGGCCAAAAUGAUGGUAGAUUGCAAUUUUUUGCUUUUACUAAUGUAGGAUAAGA